CACUUUUAAACAUCACAUUUGAAACGGUUCUCAAAUUUAUAUGUAAGUAACAGACCUUUUGAAAUAAAAAGGAAAAAAGGAGAGGUCAACAAAAGAAAAGAAUGCGUAGAAAUAUGUCAAUAUUAAAACGUUCAAAUCGAAGAAUAUUAUAAAUGAGGGUUAAAAUAUUAAACAUGAUCCUGACACAUCCUUAUUAUGGUUUAAAUAUAGAGGAUCCUGUGCGAUGAUUUACUAUAUAAUUUAAAAGUUUUUGUAAUCAAUACUCAAUCAAAUAUGUGUUUUGGGUACAAUUUAAUAUUUAUAUACAACAUAUUGUCUGAGUGCAAUCAUGUCCAAUUUCGUUUCUACAACAUAAUAUGAUUUUCCAACAAUUAGGCCACAGAUCAAUAAUAACUGCACGCAAUCGCUAGCGAUACAAUCUUUUCAAACAACGAAGCGGUCGUUUUAUCGGGUACACUAUUGUGUUAAUGAAAGUUUAUUUAAAAAAGGAAUGUAGUUAAAAUAAAGCUGUCUCGAUGGCGCUCGUGUAUAGCUGCUGCUUUUGGUUUUCACUUCGACUGGGAGAAAUACUUAUUGGAUUGACCGCAAUCAUUAGAGCUAUAAUAGCGUUGGUUGCUCUCUGUAUAGCUUACAAGCAACCUGAAAAUGUUAAAUAUCAAAUAUCUCUGUGGAUGACAAAUAUGAAUUUGAUUCACGUGAGCGGUUACUUAGAAAAUUUUCAAGCAGAUCCAGAGAAAUAUCUAAGUUAUGGAAUAACAUUGUGUUGUAUUUAUCUGGUUGUCUGUGUCUUAUACAUUUAUGGAGCCUAUAUGUGUAGUAACGUUACGAUGAUUCCAUUUAUAUUGGUGGAGUUGAUACAUCUUAUCAUACUUUCCAUCUUUAUAACGACAUGGUUAAUUGUUCUAAAGCAAAAUACCAUGGACAUUGGCCUCGUGAUUGGUGCCAGUGUAACUAGCGGGUUUGUGCUCAUGGGCUUAUUUUAUUUAUGGGUAUGUACCGCUACACUUCCGGUAUUGAUAAAUGAAAUCGAACAAGAAGAACAAAGAACUACAAUAAAUAAACUUCAAAAACUUCUAAAAGACAAAAAUCAACGCUUGAAACGAGGACAUUAUAAUUCGUCGUUUAAUUACGAUAACGAAGACGUGGAAAGAACGCAUUUAUUUGUUGUUCCGAGAUAUGUAAAUGCUGUUGAAAAUACUGAUGAACACUAUUAUAGAGCGAAUUUUUUACAUUAAUGUUUGUUGUUUUUCGGAU